CUGCCGACGAAAUACGAGCAGGCAGCCGCUCUGUUGUCAUCACAGCCUCCUAUUGCUGUCUUUAAACCGCGAUCACGAGAUAAAUAACUCAAUACGAACAUCAUUUCUCGGAGGAGGAUGAGUCGAUCAUGUGUGAAGGAGUCCCCCUCCCUCCUCUGUGCUUAUAGAUGGGAGCAUGCUGGAUAAAACCAGUAACAAAGAGCUGCGGUCUGGGCUCUGCUCAGGCUGUGGAUGCAGCAUCCCUCCUCUGCCACAACCCGACUCUGACCCCGACUCCACUUCAGCUUCUUCAAAACAGCAGCAGCAGACGAACAAAGCAGUGAGUCCCUCCAGAUGCGCGUCCUGCCAAGCGGGGAGCAGCAUCCCCCCGAACGGAGGACGCCCAAACCGGCGAGUCCGUCUAGACCCCCACAGCUGCAGCCUGUGCACCAAAACCUUCAUCUCCUCUGCCCACCUGGCCCUUCACCUGGCCUCUCACAACAAGGAGAGGAAGUUUAAAUGUAGCACCUGUGGCAAGUACUUCCACCAGUCCUCCCACCUGGUGGCCCACCAGAUAAUCCACAGCGGAGACAGGCCCUUUAAGUGCCCCGAGUGCGGGAAGAGUUUCGGCCGUGCCUCGCAUCUCAAGACGCACCGUCGGCUGCACACGGGCGAGAAGCCUUUCAAGUGCACCUACUGUGACAAGUCCUUCACCCAGAAGGCCGGGCUCCUCGCACACGUUCGUCUGCACACCGGGGAGAGGCCGUUCAAGUGCGAGCAAUGCGGUCAGGGGUUUCGUUUACUGUCGCUCCUGCUUUCUCACAAGGCCCAGGAGGCCUCCGGACGGGCCAGACCGGCAUCGGGGCCGUCGCGCCACCAGCCUCAGAGGACGGAGAGCUGCUCGGAGGAUCUGAAGUGCGGCGUCUGCUGCCGCACCUUCGUGCGCUCAUCCUACAUCCGGCUGCACAUACGGCUCAACCGAGGUCAGCGACCUUAUCACUGCAAAGUGUGCAACAAGACCUUUGCCAAGCUGGAUACGUUUGUGAACCACUGUGAAAAACACUUGAGGCAGAAGAAGGACAAAAACAAGGAGGUUAAGGACAAAGUUGUUAAACCUCCUCUGUUUGUUCCACUGUCCAGGCCUCCUUCUCCUGAGUCUUUACCCACAGAGCCUCUAUCCUCCGAGGUCAACACACGCUCCAGAGCAAAAGCAAAGACGAAGGCUGAGCCAUAACCAGCGCAAGUCUGCCAAAACACAGUAAUAGCAUGCUAGUGUCAAGUCAGUGUCAUCUAACAUUUCAUACAAAAUAACCUUAAAUGUUUACAAAUGAGAAUAAUUAAGGGAAAGGGACAAAAAGCAAAUGCGUAGUUCAACAUCGCCCAAGGUACUUUUAUUGACGUAAAUUAAUAUGUGAUUAGUAUUUUUCAGUGAUUUUAUUUAUAGUCCUCUCAUUGUGAGAAAAUCUGUCAUUGAAAGCACAAAAGUCUUGUGGUUUUAUUUAAAUAUAAAAGAAUUGACUGAAAAGUUGAUCUAAUUAAUUAAAAUUC